AAAAAUACGACCAGACCACACAGUAUUUUCAUUCUAUAACGUUCUGGAGUAAAAUUGAUCGUUUUCUUGUACGAAAAGCAGAAUUAAUAUGAGCACAAGACAAGUUUUACAAGGUAAGAUAAAGACUUGUACAAUAAAACAUAGCAGAGAGUCAGAAUACGAUAUUAACUGGGUUUAUUUCUCGAUGUUUAUAGUCUUUGAGCAGUAUCAAAAAUCAAGAACAACGUUUGUUCAGACUGUGGCCGAACUAGCUUCGCGUCCACAAAAUAUUGAGACACUUCAAAAUGCAGGUAGGGUGGACAGUGAAAGCAGCAUUUCUUUGUAAACAUUGAAAUACUGACCAACCUGAUGUGUAUAGAUUUUGAAUAGAACUACUCAGUUCUAAUAUACAUAUUGUGCCCAGUUUUUAUUAAAACUCAAAUGACAUAUUCUGCUGUAUUGCUGUAUAUCCAUAGGUUCUGCGGGAAAUUCUGCUGCUAUCCUUGGGUAAACACUGAAUACAUAUGCCGUCAACAUAGGAUUCAAAUGCAGAAUAUUAAUAUACACACAUCAAAUACACACCAUACUUGCAUAAAAUUUAUUUUUACUGUACUUCAGUUGGCUGAUAUUUGUUGGUCUGAUUUUAGAUUUUAGAACGUUACUAGUGAUUUUUUUGGUUAUAGUGAUGCUGUUAGCAAUAGCGUAGCUAGCCCAACGAUUUAGUCCUGCUAUGCAAAUAUUUUCAUGUUCAUUGACUGCGAAAACAAUCAAUUUCUAAAGAAAUGAAUAAUGAUUUUGAAUUUGCAUGGUGGGACUAAAUUGUCGGGCUGGCUACGCCACUGGCUAUUAGGUGACAUAACCACACAUUUUUCAAAUUGAAAUCAGCCCAACAAAUCACACGGCAGUCUUUGCAAAUUGCUGCCAAUAAUGGUACCAAAAAUGAAAUUUAAUUUUAUUGAUGCCAACUUUUUGCUGAAGAGUAUAUUUGUGGGCACUAACUUUCUUAAUUCGAUUGUUUGCUACUAUGUUCAUGAACAGAUGGGUAUUUAUUAAAAGAGGCAGUUAUUAUAAUUUUGAGUUCCUCCAUUUGAGUUCAUUCAUUACCCUACCGGCACACAGCAUUGUGUAAUAUUGUAGUAUGACCCAGUGACAAAACGUCUGUCAAAGCAAAUAAAAGCAUGUGUGGAGAAGAGAGUAUAUGUGGAUAUAUGGAUAUAUUUCUCCAGCAACAUCCAACACUCUCCCCAGUGCAACCAAUAUCAUUUGGUCGUAGACUGUUAGACACAGAGAUGGAUUUUCAUAUUUUCGUUCGGGGGGGGGUGGAUAAAUAUCUGGGGGGUGCUGCUGCUUGCUUUGGCCGGGGCCUGGUGGCAACGCCCGGAAAGGCCAAGGAAAAAGUUCAACAAAAUUUGUUUUCUAGUCCUGCAUGGUGAAAUCUGAGACCAUAAUAUUGGUAAUUUUACAAAUUUAGUAGUAGGAAUAAUCAAAUAUGAAACUAUCAAAUCAAAAUAUAUAUAAUUUGCAGGGUGCAAAAACUUUGGGGGGCGCUGCCAAAUGCCUCUUGGGGGGGGGGGGUUGCAAAUCAUUUCUGGGGUGUGUGCACCCCCCGCACCCCCAGAAAAUCUGUGCCUGGUUAGACAGUGAAAAUAACAAAGCAGGAAGAUUAGGAUAUAAUAUUACUUUUCUAAAUAUGUUUAUUAUCUAAUAAUGUUUAAUAUCUUAACCCACCUGUCAACUGUGGGAGGAAACUGAAGCCCGGAGAAAUCCCUCAACUUCCAGCAGAGUGUUGACAGACUCUUGUCACAUUGGUCUGUGCCAGUCUCAGAGGUGAAGGUGUGUGCCUGCUCUGAUGAUUGCACCACUGAAGCCUCAUUUAUAAGAGUUAAUACUGAAGAUUAGUUUUCCUCCACUGGACCCCUGUGUUUGAGAUAUCAUUUGUCUUAGUAACAGUUUUUAUUCAACACAGGUGUUAUGUCAUUGUUGCGUCCAUUGCUGUUGGACAUAGUUCCAACGAUUCAACAAACAGCAGCUUUAGCUCUGGGUAGACUGGCCAAUUAUAAUGAUGAUCUGGCUGAAGCUGUUGUGAAAGGAGACAUAUUGCCACAGCUAGUGUAUUCUCUUGCUGAACAAAAUGUAAGGGGUGCAUAUUUUUUUUUGUAAAAUGGAUCAUUAUUCAAAGUAUAGUACUGUUGUAUUAUUAUAUCAUAGUAUUGACUAUUCUACUAUUCACCUGAUAAAUGUGUUCAUGAUAGUGACAACGUUUUGUUAUACCAUGUAUUGUACAUUAACUAGACUGUAGUUACCUCUGUUACUGAGAAAAUGGACAUUAAGUAUUUUAGUUGACUCACCCCUUCCCAUCUUUUGGAUGUAUACACGAGCGCUCUAAUUGCAUUAAGGUUGUCCUCCAACAAAGCUAAAAUUUAAGGUAAGAGCCAAACGCGAAAAGUUUGAAUUAAUUAACUGCGUUUAAUAUAAAAUACCUAUGUUCGCUAAUUUACCUGGUACAACUAAAGUUCAUGGAGUUUGUCAGUGAUUGCAUUUGAAGUACUAGACUUACGCCCGUAUUUUAAAAGCUCACUCACACUCAAUGAUUGGAGGUUCAGUCUGAGCUUCUCUUGAGUGUCAAAUGAAUGCUGUUUUUGAAUAGCUGGGGCCGGUUGUUCAAAGUUGGGUUAGCUUAACCCUAGGUUAAGCUAAAAUUCAAAGCAAUUUUCCCAACUGCUUGUCUAUAAAUUUGGAAAUAUUUCUUCUGAGAUCUUGUCAGCUGAAUCGGUAGGAGUUUACUUCUCUGAAGUUUUUAAUUAAAGAAACGUAUAGAAAUACACAAACUAAAACAGCAGGUUAAAUUUUAACCCAGGCGGGUUAGCGCUAACCCACCUUUGAACAACCGGCCCCUGGAGGGUGAGUAGUCACCGAGUAAGGUAUGAUACUAGCCUUCCAGCUAUAUUCAAAAACAGCAUUGACACUCAAGAGAAGCUCAGAUUGAACCUCCACUCAUAGUCUCAUUGAGUGUGAGCUUUUAGAAUACGGGCGAUAACGUAUGUAUAAUAAGUCAUACCUCCAUGGCUCCAUUAAAUCCAAGUUUGUUCACAAAUAACUUGCAGAUAGUGUCAGAUAGUGGGUGUAUGAAAUAAAGUUGUCCCUUUUGAUAGCUAUAGCCUAUAAUCACUUCGAAUUACUAUGCGCAAAAAUAUAAAGGUCUUACUUACGAUUACAAGUUAUCCUAAAUUCCCAUGCAUGUGUAGAAGUCUAGAAGACCAUGUGUUUUUACGCACUAUUAAUUCGUGGCAAUUGGGGCUGUCAGAUCACUACAAUAGUGUCAAUACUCAGCAGGUUUGUGGCUAAUUUGAAUUGGAAGGGUGAAGGGUUCAAGGGUCUACAUUUUCAUCGAUACACCUAUUACACCCUGUAGAUUGUAGUCGUAGAACGCAGGCAAAAAGCGGCGAAUUUACUCCUGCAUGUGUUCACGUUUCCCAUGCAUUCUUCUAAAUUUAUUUAUACGUACUGGGAAAGAGUUUUUUUCUGAUAUUUGCAAAUUAAAGCUGACCUCCUAGUCCUAGACACCGAUUCCCACUAUUUCAAAACGGCUCUCCAUCGCAAAUCAGUCUUGACUGUACGCACGAGGCAUUAUUUACACAAAACGUAACUGCAGUUCGUAAGAGGUAUUUCAAUUGUUUUUACGAGACGAUUAUGCAUAGCGGCCGCGCUGGGACGAAACUUUAAAUUUUUGUUCUUCAUUUGUUAUGCAGAUUGUCACUGUGAGGGAAUUUCCAUAACAACAAUUUCCUGGUCAACAGGGGAAUCUAUUUACCAAGGCCACGCAAGGGCUAUCUGUUGUACUGUUUAUUGCACUCAUGGCCUCGUCUUCAUGCGGUUAUUUCCUUACGUUUCGUGCAAUUAGGAUUAAGGAUAGGUUUUUGAUUGGGCUCAAGAUCAAAGAGUUGAGCCAUAUUCGUGCACGACUGCAUGGGAAUAUAACCCUCAGCCAGUAUCACUGUCAUUGUAUGGGCUCAACUUAUUCGAUUCAAUGAAUAUAAUAAUUACUAAACAGCAAACUUUUUCUUUCUAGAGAUUUUAUAAGAAAGCCGCAGCAUUUGUUCUCCGUGCAGUUGCAAAACAUUCACCUGAGUUAGCACAGGUAUAACUAUUCAUUUAACCAAUAAUUAUUCAUUGAACUUUUUAAUCUUUUAUGAAUGAAUUGAUGCUUGUGUCUGAUUUCUAUUGGGCUAUAUAAUUAAGAUAGAUUAUAUGUACAGUCCAGAUGCAUUGCAUUAAGGCUAGUUUCCACGCAUUAAGGCUAGUUUCCGUGGAUUGGAACGGACAAGAAAAUUUUUCUUUGUCUCAGUUGUGAGCUCUGGGUUGGAACUAAUGAGUAAUGAUUUUAAGUUUAACACAAAGAAAAAUUGUGUUGUCCGUUCCAAUCCACGGAUAAUUUUCCUGAGUGGAAAUUAGCCUUAAAGUUAAGUCAUUACCGUUCUCAACAACAAUGGCAAUGCUGAACUAAACUUUAAUGCAACUAAAGUGAAGAGAGUGUUUCGUGUUCAAGCAAGAUUCCGGCUUCGAGGGAGUUACGUGCACAACUUUGACUUUAUCACCUUGAGCGGCAACGCACAUCGACUCAUUGCGAAACUAACCGCAUAAACUGAUAAAGUUUUCGAGGACGCUCGAGGUAAUCAGUGGCAUAACUCCUAAGCCCAAGAGCUGUUCUUCGCAAGAGGCGGGGUCUUCAACGCCUAGGCUAUGCAGGCUACCGGUUAUAGAUUCAUGUCUCGCUAUUUUAAUUAUGAAUGCUAAUCCUAACCGCUAACCCUAACUCAUAAACAGCGAGACAUGAAUCUAUAUCCAGGCUACCGGUGACCGAGCCCUCUGAACUACGAUAUCACUUAUCAGGCAAUUACAAUCAUGUUCGGAUCGGUUGAUCAGGUUUAGUGUAUAUCAGUGGGUUUAACCAUUGAAAUGCAUAUAACUGGAACGCUACAUCCAACCGGAAAUUUGAAACCAAACUUGAAGGACAGUCCCAGUCUUUUCACGCAUGCGAAGAGCGCUCCAUCAGUCAAUCAUGAUAAAACACGCCGGUCUUGACCCCCAGAUUCGGCUUCAAGAAAAAUAUAGGCAGUUUAUCUAAAGGUAGCGUUCCAGUUAUAUUCAUUUCAAUGGGUUUAACCAUUGAUAUGUAUUUAACUUUGUUCAAAAUUUUCAUCCAACAUUGUUGGACCGUAGUGGGCGUAUAAUAUUUUCCGUGUUCAAAAGCAAAAUGCCGCAAUACCGAACCAUAGACUACUAACCAUACAGAGGUCUCACUUCGCGAGAAAAAACGUAAGGUAUAGUUUUUACUGCGCUUAUCUGGAGGCCGGGAGGCCAUGUUCUUGGCAAAUGUCCUAAAGAGAGGCAUUCAGCCCCCUGUAACAUCAAAUUUCAAAAUAUUUUUAGGGGAGUGACAGCCUCUCUUUAGUGCAAAAUUCCUUACACUGAAAUUAAUAAGUGAGACCUCUGUGUGGUAUUUACUCUGUGAUCGAACUUACAUUUUCUAACAAUUCAUAAUACGCAUGCGUGUAAGUGAUAUUAAAAUGUCCCACAAUAAUUGUAAACAAUUUAUGUAUACAUAUAGUGACUUGAAUAUUAAUUAUCUUCGUCUAAUGCCAGAGUGCCCUACUUUAUUUUACUCAUUACACUCAUAUCUCAAAUUAGUGUAUUUUAUGAGUGAAUUUUUUGUAUGGGCUUGUAUUUUUUACAGGCCCAGCUUAAUGGAAUGAUAUUACGAAAAAAACAGAAACCCUUGUUGCAUGUUAAACGCGGAUAAAUACUUAAUGCUAAGACCCAGGGGACGAUUUCUAGCGACAAUUCGCAAUCCAAAUGAUGUUACAUGAAAUUUGUUUGGCUUGGGAAGGAUUUGGGAAUGGUACCCUGGCAUCGCGUUAAAUCGUUAAUCAAGUGUUUAUCAGCGGUUUAUCAUCUAUGCCGUACUGCGACUUCUAACACAAUUUCGGACAUUCUGUCUGAAUUUUCUGUCCUCAGAUGCGUUUGCGGUUUUAGUUUAUUUACGAUUUUAUUAGUUUGUAUUCACGAUUUUAGCUUUACACGCGUGCUGUAUACCCGGAAAUCAAAAUGUAAGAUUCUCGAUAGGGUGAAGGCGAUUACUCGCAUGCCUUACAUUUUGCGGGUUUUAUAGCCCGCGUGUUAAACUAAAACAACAAUCUUAGUUUAAAGAUAAAGAGCAGAGCCCAGCAAAUAACUUUAAAAAUAGGGGUUUUUUAAAGUUAUUUGCUGGGCUGUGCUCUUUAUCUUUAAACUAAGAUUUUCUCCUGGUGUAUCAAUUACCACAGUUUUACUGAAUAAAACGCCUCUGUAGAGGAGAGAGUGAAAAGUAGUGUUAACAGAAAAAAAUCAGCAUGUUCAUGGACUGCUUUUCUCAUUGUUGAUAUUUCUCUUUCAUGUCUCUCAAAACGGCGGAGUUAAAGUUGAGCGAUACAGAAGUUGCGGUUGCGAGUUGCCAAAAAUUGCCUCGUGUAACAUAGCCUUAUAUUCUACAGUAUAAUUAGUUUAGUCUUCAAGAACGAUCAUUUGACGAUGAGUUUUUAACCAUGCAGUUGGAAAAUACGGUACAAUUUCUGGCCCUGAGAGCUAAAAUGUCCGAAAUUUGCCGUCCACCCGAAAGGUCCGAGCCAAAAAAUAAAGUUAAAAUAUAAUACUCAUACAAAUGAAAUGGCACACAUUACCAAAAUGUACUAAAGGCCCGUUCAAACGAGGCCAUGUUGACCCAACAUAUCAUCCAACAUUGUCGGAUGCAACAUUGUUGGUCUCGUUUGAACACUAUGCUGAUGUUGGAUUAAGUUUUACUUUGUUUAAAAUUUUCAUCCAAACUAUGUUGGACUCGUUUGAAUGAUGCUAUAUUCGGAUUUUUAACGUGAGUUAAUAUCCCGAAAGUUGCGGCCUCUAUUUUCAGAAUUCUACUAACUGUAUUCUACCCACUGUUUUCCAUCUCUGUGUGAACAAUGGCUAAAAGGAAGUUCAUGGUUGUCAAUUUUUCUUGAUUAGGCCGUAGUAGAUUGUGGUGCACUGGAUGCCCUCGUUAUCUGCUUGGAGGAAUUUGAUCCUGGAGUAAAGGAGGCUGCAGCCUGGGCACUUGGAUAUAUUGCUAGACAUAAUGCAGGUAAUAAUAUUAGAAAGUAGAUGCAUUUGUUUGCUUGCCAGUUGCGCUGUGACUUGAUACAAUUGUGAAACUUUAAGCGGAGGUAUGUCUGUUCUGCACAUGUGCGACUUUUUGUUGUAUGGCGCUGUAAGUGCCACGAAAUUCCGCUACUGCAAUCCUGAACAAACGAUUGUAAACAAACUCAACAUUGAGUUGAGGGAGCAGGGGUUUUAAAAAGUGCACCUUUAAAAAGUGCACCUAUAUGGACUAUGUAAAAGCACUUUCAAGAGUUGUAAGCUAUAAAUUUUAUUAAUUCUAAUAUGUAAAUUAUUUUGUAAAUGUGCAUGCAUGGGGGGUAGCCUUGCAUGGGUUCUUACAACCCGUUCGUUAGCUGUUAUUGUUCCUAAUAAAGCUGUUAAAAUUAAACCUAAAAAAAAACCUUGUCGUAACAGGUGGCUUGUGACAUGUCCGAAUUUUGUAAGAAAGAAAAAGUGGUCUCAAACAGUUUUGUCCAGGACUUCACGGAUUGGAAUCUGCCCCUAGAAGGAGAAUUUUGUACGGUGCAUUUCCCUUUGCUCCUUCUGAAAGUACCGACCACAUCACAUAAUGUAUGUGUAAUCUUUGUUGUUUUAGAACUAUCCCAGGCAGUCGUCGAUGCUGGUGCUGUGCCAUUGUUGGUGUUAUGUAUUCAAGAACCAGAACUGUCUUUGAAGAGAAUUGCUGCAUCUGGUCUUAGUGACAUUUGUAAACACUCCCCAGAGGUAAAUAAUUAUCAAUCUAUUACCAACCAAUAACGCGGCUAUAAUAACAAUACAUUUGUAUAUCGUAAUUUGUACAGUAAUUAAUACGCAAUACUAUUGUAAUUUCAACGUUUCCCAGCUCGCCCAAACAGUGGUUGAUGCAGGAGCUAUUGCUCAUCUUGCUCAGAUGAUACUUAAUCCUGAUUCCAAAUUGAAGGUAAGAACCAAUUUCUUUUUCAAUAUAUAUUUUCAUAUAUUUCAUUGAAUUUUUAAUCGCAAAACUCAUCCAUGUUUCGUGUUUCUAUUCUUUGCCCUUCAAGUUGUUUAAAAUUGUAGCAUAUACACACCAUAUUUUCUCCUUGGAUCUACACCAAAGAAAGUUGAGUUUGGGCAAGGGACACACUCAUCCCCCGGUAUAGCCGCCUGGGGAACGUCCCUGCAAUAGUAAAUCCUAGUUUAAUUAUUUUUCAGCGUCAAGUAUUUUCAGCGCUCAGUCAGAUUGCCAAACAUUCUGUGGAUUUAGCAGAAAUGGUUGUUGAAGCAGAGAUAUUUCCUGCUGUGCUGACAUGUCUCAAAGGUAUUGUGUAUAUCUCGGAAGUAUCUCCACUAGCGAGAACGAAUAUACAGUAUCUAUAUGUGGGGUGUGAAUCAGUGGUUGGUUGUACGAAAGAUGCAUAGCGCUUAUUCACCGGAUAGUGAUUUUGUCAAGCUCAGAUUAAACGUUUGCAUUUAUAAAUUAAAGUUUCUUUUAUUAAUUGGGAGAUCCACACACUUAGUCUUAUGGCUUUUCAAGCGUUUUUACAACUAGUAGUUGAAAAAAUCACUAUCCAGUGGAUAGCGCUAUCCGGCCUUCGUACAAACGCCGGACCCUGGACUCUGAACUGAAAAAUAAUACUUACAUUGUACCUAAUCUCGUGUAAUACGUGUAUGAUGUAUUACUUGAUGAAGAAUAUAAGCGUUGUAUCCCUGAUGUUUUAUUUUCAUUCUCUAUUUCGUAGAUCAAGAUGAGUAUGUAAGAAAGAAUGUGGCUACACUUAUUCGAGAGAUCGCUAAACAUACACCUGAG